ACUUCUUUAUCCUGGUCCGAGUCGUGGUGGCGCUGAAGUUUUAUACCGGGCAUGGGGUGGGAAUACAAUACAACCUACGAUGGGACACCUGUACAUCACAGGGUGUCCCACACAUACACACUUUCAUAUAGGCUGGCUUUUUAGAGUUGCUAAUCCAAGUCUUGGCCGGCAUGUUUUUGAGAGACUAGAGAGAACCCAGAGUAAACCCACAUUGCUGCAGCACUACCAUGCAGAUAAGACAUGCAAAAUAAAAUUUUUCAUUGGUAUUAUUAAAGGUUUAGAUAAACAUUCCACGUUAACGUGAAGUUGCGGCGAGCUGCACGUUAAACCAUUUAAUUGGUUAUAAAAUUAUCCGCAGUCUUGUAAGACUAAAGCUUGUAAACACCUGACCAUCACACCCAUAUGUGGUUCUUCCUUAAACUGUCCCACAAAGAUGGAAGCACACAGUUGUCUAGAACGCCUUCAUAUGCUGUCGCGUUACAGUUUCCCUUCACUGGAACGAAGAGGCCCGAUCCUGUUCCAGCAUGACGAUGCCCCUGUGCACAAACCGAGGUGACGACAUCGUUGCCAAAGUUGUAGUGGAAGAACUCGUGAGCCCUGACCUCAACCCUACUGAACACCAUUGUUCGGGGAUGUACCGGAUCGCAGACCUCCUCACCCGACAUUAGUGAUGCUCUUGUGGCUGAAUGAUCACAAAUCCCCACAGCUAUGCUCCAAAACCUUCCCAGAAGAGUGGGGGUCGUUAUAAUAACAGUCGUGAUGGUUAGGUGUCCACAAACUUUUGACCAUACCAUGUGUUUCGAGGUCAGUUCUUGCAUUACACCUUUUAGUUUGAACCGGAAGCUCGAUGCAGUAAUGGGACGAGCCGGGGUCGUUGCCUUGAGGACGGGGGUAUAAUCAGAGGCCAGCCUUGCAGUAGAUCUCGAGCGCUGUGAUCUACUGCACAGCGGCACAUCCCUGAAAUCAGCUGUGCCAUGGACCUCAUUUCUGAUGCCUGCUCGGGUGGUUUACAUUGAUCCAGGUCGGUGCGGAGUGCUAUCUUGAAGGCAUCACUCGUGGUAGGAAUAUUGAAGGGAAAAGAAAACCCAAGGUCAGAAUUGUUUCCGUAAUUAAAACGGAUUAACGGCGCGCGCGCUUCGGUGCUACAGGACACGCGACUGUCGCAUUGCCGCAGUCACUGACAGAGGGAAUGCAGCAAUGAGACUCGGAAGAAGCUGCGUUGUGAGUCACUGAUAGAACACGUCCUCAGAUCAUGGCUGAUUUGAGGCUGGAUGCAAAGAUCAGUGUGACGUAACGCAGCCCUGAAGCAAUGCUGUGCGGCUUCUCGGACCUCUCCGGACUCUGCUGAGAGAAUGAGGCAAGCAGUGAGCGCCACGCUCUCUGUGUGGGGCGAGAGGCGCUUGGGUUACACCACUCUAAACGACUCCAGGGAGGCGCUGCUGGAGGACAGCUGCCUGAUGCCUGGGCUUAAAGAGGACUCAGUUGUGGAGGAGAAGGAGCUGGCGGAUGGUGAGCAGGACGAACAGGAGGCAGUGGUGGGAUCCUCACCGUCCACACCUCCGGCACUGACCCAAGGUGACGGACCUGCACCAGAACAUCCGGAGACCAAUGCGCUUCCCUCGGCUCUCCGAUGCGAGCCGAAUUCAGGCCGUAGAGGCAGUGUGAACAUAAGCGCACCCGAGAAUGGGUCCACGACCGUGAGAAGGGGGUCCCUCGGUGCCCUACUUGUGCAGCGUUGCAGUUCUCUGGGCUCUACAGCUCCACAGUGGGUCCCGGAUUCUCAGGCACCAGUGUGUAUGAAAUGUGGCUCCAGAUUCUCCUUCACAAAGAGGAGGCACCACUGCAGAGCCUGCGGGAAGGUGUUCUGUGUGGUCUGCUGUGACUUGAGAUUCAGGUUGACUCACCUGGGUGGGAAAGAGGGUCGGGUCUGUGUCACCUGUCACGCUACUCUCAUUAACAAGACUCUUCGUAAGGAACAAAAGAAAGUGUGGUUUGCUGACAGCGUUUUAUCCAAAAACGAGACGUCUAGUGCCAACACUACUCCAACCCACAGAGAUUCAGUGCAGACACAUGCACCUGCAGCAGCUCAUGUGGUAUCUGCAGACCUGUCUGACAUGCCAAACUCUCCUUGUUUGGAGCAUCAGGAAGUGGUUAACAGUCCCAAAGGGAGCUCAGCUAAGCCCUUACCACAUAAAGGGCUUCCCCCCAUCCUCACCUCUACAGGAGUUAAAGGAGAUUACACAGUGGAGGAAAAGCGGACGGAGACUUCAUUGCUCGAGGAGUUGGAGCAAGGCCAGACCGAACCACUGGUAUUUGUCCUCAAUGCCAACCUUCUGGCUAUGGUGAAGAUCGUCAGCUAUGUAAACCGGAGGUGCUGGUGUGUGACGUCUAAAGGAAUGCAUGCCGUGGGUCAGCCAGAGGUAGUCGUGCUAUUACAGUGUUUACCAGAAGAAAAGAGAUUCCCCACAGACAUCUUCAAUCACUUCAUUCAAAUCUACUGGGAUGCACAGACAGCAGGAAAGCUCUUGAAUCAUCUGAGUCAUUCGUUGGCUGCACGAGGCUUUCUGGACAGCGAGGAGCAUGCUGGGUUUCUCUAUGUGCGUCCCACGUUACAGUCUCUGGACGGGCUGCCGCUGCCCCCCCAGCCCUUCCUGUUCGGCCUGCUCAUUCUCCGGGCUGAGAGUCCCUGGGCCAGGGCCUUCCCCCUGCGCCUCAUGCUGCGUUUGGGAGCCGAGUAUAGAUUCUAUCCCUGUCCUCUGUUCAGUGUACGAUUCAGAGAGCCGCUUUUCGGUCAGAUCAACAACAGCAUUAUGAGGCUCCUUGUGGAUUUCCGUUUUUACCGUUACACGUUGCCGGUAGUGACGGGGCUCAUGGUUGAUUUGGAGGCACGGAGCACGUGCAUCACGAUCCCUAAAAGCCGUCACGCUGAGCUGCUGAAGGUGCUGAGUAAGUCGAAUGAGAAACUGCUGGCGAUGGGCGCUUGCUUUAACGAGCGUGCCGACUCCCACCUCAUCUGUGUGCAGACUGCAGACGGACAGUACCAGACUCAGGCGAUCAGCAUCCACAGCCAGCCUCGCAGAAUUACAGGCUCCUGUUUUUUUGUAUUCAGUGGUGCACUGAAGGCUUCAUCAGGAUACCUGGCCAAAUCCAGCAUUGUUGAAGAUGGAUUGUUGGUGCAAGUGACGAUGGAAACCAUGCUGGAGUUACGGCGAGCUCUUCGAGACAUGAGAGACUUCACCCUGACCUGUGGGAAACUCCACCAAUCAGACAGACAAGAAUACGUGCACAUUCGGUGGCAGGAUGAAGAGCCACGUUUCAAUAAGGGCAUAAUCAGUCCUAUUGACGGAAAGUCUAUGGAAUCAAUAACUUGUGUAAAGGCCCACCAGAGAUUAGAGUAUAGAGCCAGUGGAAAGGUCAUACGUUGGACAGAGGUGUUCUUUCUUCAGCGGGAGGAGCCGUCUAAUGGCCCGAACAGUUACGCCAAUCAUAACCGUCUGACAGAGCGCCUGGCACGAGCGUUCUGCCUGGCACUGUGCAAUUCUCUGAGCCUGCUAAAAGAGGAUGGUAUGACCAAAUUAGCACUGCGGGUCACCCUGGAUGGACAGAAGAUGGAGUUCCUGGCAGGCAGUAAUGGCCAGCCUCUGCCCCUGCACUACCAGGACAGUCUAAACCAGUCGCUCAGUGCAGUUGUACUGAGUGUGUGCCAGCGUCACGGACACACAGCUCUUCAGCUAGAGCUCAUUUUUUACAUCCUAGAGGACAUAGCAUAGAGGUCACCUGCUGAAACCUUCGUCAUAAAGCAAUGUGCUGCUGGAUGCCACAGCCCCAGUUUAACCCGCCUCUCACAUACAUUUUCGAAGACUGGAAAGAAUAAAGAACAUGGGUUAUAUUACCUGUGUUUAUAUAUAUAUAUAAAUAACCCAGAUUUCUCACAGAUCUAUCCUGUUUGCGCUCUUUGUGAUGGUUCCAUAGACUCGAGCCAUUAGAUUUGGUCUAGACUAAACCAUGUUGAAAAUCUCCGCUGGUCGCUGUGCAGUUGCUUCGUAGAAAAGUAGACAGCAUUUCAUGUGCUCAGGUGCCGUAUAUCAUUUCUGACUUGGACUGCAGGAUGGGUUUGGCGUAGGCUAAAUCGCAUGCUCAACACCACCAUGGCCAAAGGGAACAGAAAACCUCGUUUGCUGAAUGGACAGAAUAAACUCGCAUGAUUUCAUGUCGCUUUCGGUCUUCCUUAGAUAAAAGUUCAGUAAGGGUAUGUUUAUGGUGAAUCUCUGUUGGCGGUCCAGAUGCUGGUUCGUAGAUAUACAGGCUCUUUCCUUGUGCGUCAACUGUACAAACACCAUUAUCUUCAGUGGCUAUACAAACACCGGGUUUCACUUCCUCUGUUCCACAUGAAAAUGAAACAAAUGGAGGUGGCUUGACCUCUGGCCUACAUUAUCCUGCACUAAAACACUGAACUUGCACAGUACCAAGUAAUAAUUCUUUCCUAGCCGCUCGAUAGACUCCCCCCUCCCCCUCCCCCGAAUGUACUCGGUCAACCUACUUUUCUAUUUUUUCCGCUUUCUCUCUCCCUCACCCACCCACAGCAGGCUGCUUGCUGAUCUUUCAGCUGCGCAUUAUUCUCCACUGGUCCUUUCAGCGAAAGAGAAUGGAGAUCUUGUUGUCAUCCUACAUGUUUGACAUAACUGAGAUUACUGAAGCAUCUGAAAGCAUGCAGUCUCGACACUCCGAAACAAUGGGAUGUUACUCAACCAACUACGAUGAACAGCACCAGCUGGGUUUGCUCUGAACAAGUGCAACUAACAAAAACCUUCAAGACCGUGUCAAAGGAAUUGUGAAAUGAUGUACAUAAUAUUGGAGGACAUGUAUUAAAAAAAAAAAAAAAAGAAAAAAAAAGAAAGCCUUGUAAGAUGUUAUGCAAAUACCAGAAAAUAAAAAAAAAGAAUAACCAUGAAACACCAUUUUAAAAUGGAAUUUAUUUUUGAUAUUUCCAAUAUACUAUAGUAACAAAAAUUUAGAGCCCUAUCAAUCCCAUUAGUUCUGACAGUACACUACACUAUUUACAGCUGGAGCUCAAGUUGCCUUAAGAGAAAUGUACAGUGCUUUUGGUCACUGGG